AUGUUUAGACAAGUGCUAUCUACAUCCACCAGAGCUCUGCGCUCCAGCACAAGAGCAUAUGCACCAAGCGCAGCCGUCCGGACACAGUUCGCGCCCGCCCCGAUAAACUUUGCUAGGUCACAGCUCCAGAGCUCGAGAUGGUACAGCGACUCGACAGAGGCCAAGAAGGAGGGGGAGGAGGCCAAGCCCGCGACAGAAGCUGAGGCUCCUGCAUCUCCCGAGGAGGAGCUCAAGAAAAAGCUGGAAGCAAAGGAGAAGGAAGUCAUUGACUGGAAGGACAAGUACCUUCGCUCAGUUGCAGACUUCCGAAACCUCCAGGAAAGAGCUACACGAGACCAAAAGUCCGCACGCAACUUUGCCAUUCAGCAAUUCGCAAAGGACCUUGUCGACAGCGUGGACAACCUUGACCGUGCCUUGACCAUGGGCCAAGAGAAGAUGAAGGCCCUGGAGGGAAGCGACAAGAAGAACGAUGACCUUGCCAGCUUCUACGAGGGCGUCAAGAUGACCGAGGGUCUCAUGCUCCAGACCCUCACAAAGCACGGCUUGGAGAGAUUCGACCCUGCAAACGAGAAGUUCAACCCCAACGAGCACGAAGCAACUUUCAUGACGCCCCAGCCCGAUAAGGAGGACGGCACUGUCUUCUUCGUCCAGCAGAAGGGUUUCAAGCUCAACGGCCGUGUCCUCAGAGCAGCCAAGGUUGGCGUCGUCAAGAACGCCUAG